UAAGCCUGACGCACGCGUAGUUGCCAUGGGUCGGCUUUCAGGAGGCAGCAGAACCAGAGGCGGGGUUUGCCGAAGCUUGAGCGAGGAGCGCAGGCGUGGCUGUUCUACCAUGGCUGAAAACCUGUACCGAACCCGGUCCCGGGUGUACAGUCCAUCUGUGUUGUUUCUGCACCCAGACAUGGGCGUGGGCGGUGCCGAGCGACUGGUGCUGGACGCGGCGCUGGCGCUGCAGGAGUAUGGCUGUCAGGUGAAGAUAUGGACGGCGCACUACGACCCCUACCACUGCUUUACCGAGAGCCGCGAGCUCCCGGUGCACUGCGCCGGGGACUGGCUACCUCGCACCCUAGGCUGGGGCGGCCGCGGCGCCGCCAUCUGCGCCUACGUGCGCAUGGUCUUUCUGGCGCUCUACGUGCUGUUUCUUUCCGGCGAGGAGUUCGACGUAGUGGUGUGCGACCAGGUGUCUGCCUGUAUCCCAGUGUUCAAGCUGGCCAGACGGCGGAAGAGGGUCAUGUUUUACUGUCACUUCCCGGAUCUGCUGCUCUCUCAGAGAAACUCUGCCUUGAAGCGCUUCUACAGGGUUCCCAUCGACUGGAUCGAGGAGUACACCACAGGCAUGGCAGAUCGCAUCUUGGUCAACAGCCAGUACACGGCUUCCGUCUUUAAGGACACCUUCAAGUCCCUGUCUCACGUAAACCCUGACAUCCUCUACCCAUCUCUGAAUAUCGCCAGCUUUGACUUGGCUGUUCCCGACAAGCUAGGUGACCUAGUCCCCAAGGGGAAACAGUUCCUGUUCCUCUCCAUCAACAGAUUCGAAAGAAAGAAAAAUCUGCCCCUGGCGCUGAGCACCCUGGUCCAGCUCCGUGAAAGGUUGCCAUCAGAGGACUGGGAGAAGGUUCACCUGUUCAUGGCGGGCGGUUAUGAUGACAGAGUCUUGGAGAACGUGGAACACUACAAGGAGCUGAAGACCCUAGUCCAGGAGUCAGGGCUUGAGCAGCAUGUGACCUUCCUGCCAUCCUUCUCGGACAGACAGAAGAUCUCGCUCCUCCAUGCCUGCUUGGGUGUGCUUUACACUCCAAGCAAUGAGCACUUUGGCAUCGUCCCUCUGGAGGCCAUGUACAUGCAGUGCCCGGUCAUCGCUGUUAAUUCAGGUGGGCCCUUGGAGACGAUUGUCCACAAGAUCACGGGGUUUCUGUGUGAGCCUGACCCAGUGCCCUUCUCAGAAGCAAUGGAAAAGCUCAUCUACAAACCAUCCUUAAAAGCUACCAUGGGCCUGGCUGGAAAAGCCAGGGUAGCGGAGAAGUUUUCCGCGGAAGCAUUUGCAGAGCAGCUCUACCACUAUGUCAUCAGACUGCUCUAGUCAGGAGAGUGUAACAUAGGGUCUAUAUGCUACAUGCACUGCAAUCCUUCUUAUGGGUUGUAGAAGCACCUUUGAAACCAAAAAAAAAAAAAAAAAAAAAAAAAAAGGAGCUAGAAUCUAGUGCUAGUGAGAUAAUUUUUUUUAAGUAGACUUGAGUCUCGAAUGUGAGCCUGUCUACACACCUACCUGUUAUUUCCUGAAAAUAUCCUUAAUGCUGUAA